AUGUCGUUUGUUGGUUCUUCAUCUUCAAAUUCCGAAAGCUCGGAAAACUCACACAAAAAAUUACAGGAUAAUCUCGGAGCAUCCACUUGGGCAUUUAUGCACACUGUGGCUGCACAAUAUCCAAAAAAACCAUCUCCGAUUCAACAACAUCAUAUCAAACAAUUAUUUGUUAGAAUUGCAGAGUUUUAUCCUUGUCGAUGGUGUGCCAAGGAUUUUGCAGAAAGUAUUAAGAAACAUCCCAUUCGGGCAGAAAGUCGAGAAGCGCUGAGUAUAUGGCUUUGUGAGAGACAUAAUGAAGUGAAUGAGAAAAUUGGAAAACCAAUCGUACCUGAUUGUAAAACAGCUUGGAAACGAUGGAUAGUGGAGGAUGAUGAAGAGGAAGAAAAUACUGAACAAAAAGUGGAGACGGAACAUAAAAAGCCGGAUUUUGUUUCAAAUGAUUUUGAUUGGCUAGAUAACGUACAAAAUCAAAAUGAUAAUGGAGGAGAUAUUGAUUUUGAUACACCCUCAAUGGAUGAUUUGAUGAAAGAUUGUAAAUUUUGUGAAAAUACGAUGGGGAAAGAACGAUACGACAAGCUUAAAUCUCUACUAAACAAGCGGCCUUAA